CAAUUCUGUGUGUCCCUGAGUAACAAUUCUGUGUCCCUCAGUAACAAUUCUGUGUCCCUCAGUAACAAUUCUGUGUCCCUGAGUAACAAUUCUGUGUCCCUCAGUAACAAUUCUGUGUGUCCCUCAGUAACAAUUCUGUGGCCCUCAGUAACAAUUCUGUGUCCCUCAGUAACAAUUCUGUGUCUGCCCUAAGUAACGUUUCUGUGGCCCUAAGUAACGAUUCUGUGGCCCUAAGUAACGUUUC